UCAACGUCGGGAAGGGGGCGUGUCCGGCGAGGCCGCCUUGUGCGCGAAGAAGGGCCGCAAAAUGGCCGCCAACGCCGCCUCUUGUUCGUCGUCGUCCUCGUCGCCGUCGUCUUCCGCGGCCUCCUCGUCCGUCACCCCCGGCGCCGCGGCCACGGAGAGCAAGAAGGUGGCGGACCUGCGCGUCAUCGACCUCAAGUCCGAGCUCAAGCGGCGCAGCCUCGACGCCGGCGGAGUCAAGACUGUACUCAUCGCCCGCCUCAAGCAGGCUCUUGAAGAGGAAGGCGGAGACCCAGAUAAUAUUGAAAUAGCAGUUGCAGCAGCUGACACACCAAACAAGAAACCAACCAAAGGGAAAGGUAAAAAGCAGGAAACAGACGAGCUGAGUAGUGAUGCCUUGGUGGAAGAAGACUCCUUGGCCAAGGAGAGUGAAUUGGAAGCUCACGAAGCCAGUGAUCAAGAUGGAAACGAGGAGGGGAAAGACUCUGAAGAGUUUGCAGAGAACGAAGAGUCCUCCUCCUCGAACGUGAAGGCCAUCUCGCCUGCCAUGGACAAGAAAAAGAAGGCCCAUCCGGGACAGGCGGAGAAGGACUCCCAGGACCAGGGCAACAGUGUCCAAGAUGCGGAAGAGGAUGGCUUCACUACCACCCAUGAUGGCGAAGAAGAGAACGAGAGAGAUAAAGCAGGUUCUGGUGAUGGUACACAAGAAGUAUCUAAGCUCCUUCCUUCAGAAGAGAGCCUCCCUGAGGCUCACGAAGAGAUGGAUGCUCACAUCUCUGUGAAAGAAGCCGAGGAUGAUAACAUUUCGGUCACAAUCCAGGCCGAAGACGCCAUCACUCUGGAUUUUGAUGGGGAUGACCUCCUUGAAACAGGUAAAAAUCUGAAAGUUACAGAUUCAGAAGCAAGCAAGCCGCAAGACAGGCAGGAUGCCAUUGCGCCGAACCUGGAGAAGGAGGAAGGCCAAGACUAUGAGAUGACCGAGAACCAUAAAGAUGGUAAGAAGGAAGACCCUGGCGCCAAAGGGGACCCUGUCAAGAAGGAAGCCAGAGAAAGCGCGAAGAAGGCAGAAUCUGGAGACAAAGACAAGGAGCCUUUGAAGAAAGGUCCCUCGUCUUCGGGGGCCUCUGGGCAAGCAAAGAGCUCUUCAAAGGAAUCCAAAGACAGCAAGACUGCAUCCAGGGAUGACAAAGGUGGCGGUAGCAGUGGAGGCGGCAGCAGCUCCUCAACCAAGAACAUGUGGGUCAGCGGACUCUCCUCCAACACCAAAGCGGCUGACCUCAAAAAUCUAUUUGGCAAAUACGGGAAGGUCCUGGCAGCCAAAGUGGUGACAAGCGCCCGGAGCCCCGGAGCAAAGUGCUACGGCAUUGUGACCAUGUCCUCCAGCACCGAAGUAGCCCGGUGCAUUGCCCACCUUCACCGUACGGAGCUCCAUGGCCAGCAGAUCUCCGUGGAGAAAGUCAAAGGUGAUCCUUCGAAGAAAGAGCUGAAGAAAGAGAGCGAUGAGAAAUCCGGCUCCGGGCGUAAUCCUGGGGAAAAGAAGACGGCCUCCAGCGACCGAGGCAGCAAGACCCCCUCCAAAAAGGAAGAGAAGAAAUCAGACAAGUCGGAGAAGAAGGAAAGCAAGGAUUCGAAAAAGCCAGAAGGUAAAGAGGAGAAAAGUGACAGUGGAUCCACCGGCCCGGCUCCAGAGCCUGCUCCUAAAACGCCAGAGGAAAAGAAGCGCAUAAGUGUCAAAAGUCCAAGUCACAUGGUGAUCCUAGACCAAACCAAGGGAGACCAAGUCCACACCAGGCCUAUAAGAAGAGGAAGGUUUGAGAAACCACCGAUGCUGAGAAACAAAGAUCGCUUCCUUCAGGAGAAGAUGUUCAGAGACUACCGAGGCCGGAAGGACAUCCUGCCUUUUGAGAAGAUGAAGGAGCAGCGCAGGAGGGAGCACAUUCUCCGCCUUGAGCGAAUACGGCGAGCCGUGGAGCUGCGGAGGCGGAGGGAGAUAGCUGAGCGAGAGCGGCGCGAGAGGGAGCGCAUCCGGAUGAUGCAGGAGCGAGAGGAGCGGGAACGUUUGCAGAGGGAGAGGGAACGCUUGGAGAUCGAGAGGCAGAAGCUGGAGCGCGAGAGGAUGGAGCGGGAGCGCCUGGAGAGGGAACGCAUUCGGAUUGAGCAGGAGCGUCGCAAGGAAGCGGAGCGGAUCGCUCGUGAAAGAGAAGAGCUCCGGCGGCAGCAGCAGCAGCUUCGCUAUGAACAAGAGAAGAGGAAUUCUUUGAAGCGGCCUCGGGACAUGGAUCACAGGCGGGACGAGGGCUUCUGGAACGAAAGUAAAAAGAUUGCCAUGGACAGCGGGGCGCGUUUUAGCCACGGGUCGGAAUACAGCCGGCAGCAGAAUCGCUUCACUGACUUUGACCACCGCGAGAGGGGACGAUACCCAGAGGGAUCUGCCAUCCAGUCAUCCUCCUUUGACCGGCGGGACCGCUUUGUCAACCAAGGCGAGGGCAAGAAGGCCCGGCCUGCUGCCCGGCGCGAGGACCCUGGCUUUGAGAGGUACACCAAGAGCUUUGCCGAUUCCCGGAGAGAGGCCUCCCAGGCCCGGAACGAGCUGCGGGAUGGCGACCGGCGGGAGGUGAGGGGGGACCGGGACGAGCGCAGGACCGUCAUCAUCCAGGAGAGGCCCGAGAUUCCCCACGGCCGGCACCCCAGGGACGCCGGGCCCAACCCCCCUCGGCAGAGCUCCUGGAAGGGCGAAGCGGGCAUCAACCCCGACAAGCGUGACGGCAGGGAGAGGCCAGAGCGUUCCGGCCGGGAGGUCUCUGGGCAUGCCGUGCGGAGCGCGCCCACCGGAAGCCGCAGCAGCACCUCUGGCUACGGGAGCAGGGAGCCGGAGCGUGGUGUCAUGGAGCGCAGUAGUGGUGGGCAGCAUUACAACGAAGACCGCCACGUGGUUGAGCGGCACAGCCGCGACAGUGGACCAAGGAAAGAGUGGCACGGGCCCAGUUCACAGGGGGGCAGCUACCACGAUGCCCGGCGAGGGGGCGGCUUGAUGUCCCCCCAUUCCAGCAAUUCUUCACCUAUCAACCGAGUUGUACAGAUGACAGGCAAUUCCAUGCCGAGGGGAAGCGGAUCAGGGUUCAAGCCCUUCAAGAGCGGCCCCCCACGGCGAUUUUGAGCACAGGCAACCCCUCCCCCUCCACCCGCCUCCCCCCCCCCCCCCUGGUUUCAGGAUAACUUAUUGGAAAUCGCUGGUGAACAAGUUGUAGCUCAGAAAACUCUUCUUUUUUAAAACGCAAUUCCUUUCCCUUACSUUUGGGGGGCCGUUGAGAGAAGUCACUCUGUCGCGCUUUUGGAUAAUUACCGGAUUUUUUGGGCGAGCACCCCCUGGCAGUGCUGGGGCUCUGGAACAAGAUGGGGCAAAACCACCUGAACACUGUACAGCGAGAGAGAGAGAAUUUGUGGGGGGGGGGGGGGGCUUCUUUUGCAUCCGGUAGUUUUAACUUAACCAGCCUUAGUUCUGUGGCGUCCGGCUUUAAAAAUUAGGUACUACUCUCCACAAAACACCGAUAAUGGAAGCUGUGCACCACUGGCUUUAUGACGUGUAGAAUACAAGGUUGGUUGUCUCGUUUCGGAGUAUUAUGUAACCUAUUUUUGCAGAAGUUGUUACACUGAGUGGAUCUGUAUUCUGGCCAAUGUAACCUUUUGAAAUAAACCUUCAUAAUCCUUA